GCUCAAGGCAGCGUGCUUAUUACAAAGCCAUUUGCAAGGCUUUGGACGGUGCAGCACCGUUGCCCGCAUCUUUUUGAGGGAUGACGGCGGUAGCCACAGCGCUGCUUCUGACGGUCUUGGCAUGUCUUCGAGUCUUAGCUGGUGCUAUCACGCAUGUUGACAAAGGCGAGCAGGCCUUGGUGUGGUUUCGCGGCGACUCCAAGCAGGAAGUGCAGUCACGAAUCCUUCGGGCACAGGGGGCUAUGCGCGAGGCUGGUUUGGAUGCGCUCUUGCUGACGACGGAGGCGAAUGUUCGCUACUUCAGCGGGUACCACUCGCCCUUCUGGCAGUCGCCCACUCGACCCUGGUUCCUGGUGGUUGCGGUCAAUGGAAAUGUCACGGCAGUGGUGCCGACCAUCGGUGAUGAUGGCUUCAGGAGGUCGCAUGUCGACAGGGUCUUCACGUGGCCCUCGCCGCGGCCGGAGGACGAGGGGGUGUCCCUGCUGCAGCAGGUGCUCGCGGAUACGGUGCCGCGGCACGGGCGCGUCGGGGCCGAGCUCGGCGACCACAUGGUCCUGCGGAUGCCGGCCACCGACUUCCAGUGAUGGGCCCAUUUCCCACCACCGCUGCC